GUGGUUGUGUAAGGUGUUGACGUUCGGUUUGAAGGUGUAAUGAGCGGGAUGGGGUAGCUGCGAGAGCUGGGAGGAGGACUUGAGAGAGCUGGAGUGUGUGAUGUGGUUGCGGGCCGACUGUUGUGGAGGUUGAGGUUAUUGGGACUUAUCAGGAGGUGGGAUCUGUUUGCAUACGUCGGCACUGGCGGCAUUUCGAUUUGUGAGUAGUACUGUCGACGGUAGCUGGAGGUUUUGGCGGUUUUCGGCUCUGAUCGUGCUGCGACGUACGGAGUCAAUUCCUGUGAAUGUUCGAAGGAUUUCUUGUUCACGGCUGAUUGGGGGCAUGGCGUUUUCUGUGCCUUCAAAGAUGUCCCACGACAUUUCUUCAGCAUUCGGGAAAGGAUUGCACGGGUUCAAGGUGGAGGCCAUGGCAAAUCAGCGGAAACCAAACGAUUUGACAAUGGGGAAGGAGGAUGGAUCUGUAAGUCCAGUGAAGAGCAGGGCAGUCUUGGAAACUGUUAUGCUUGGAAUUUUCACAAUCAUGAUGGCAGCGGUUCCUUUGGCCUUGACCAGCGUACCUUCUCCGGAGUUGGUACUACAGGCUAAAGAGGUUAUUGAAGAAUGGUGUACGCCCUCCACUUGCUUUGUGGUGCUCAUUGUUGGUGUUCUGCUCGCUACGUCUGGGGCUCUUGGGGGAUCCGGCAGUAGCGCCAGCCCAGAGCAGAACAUCAAGUUCACAGAAUCCUACCUCGUUCAGCGGCCUGUUUCCUCAUCGCAGAUGGAUCCCUCACGCAUGCCUGAGGCUUACUUCUCUGCCGACGCUGCGAGACAGGCACACGCUCUCGUUCAUGCAUCGGCUUUUCCCGUCCAGGCGGCUCAACCCGCCUCGGUUAUGAUGCCAGUGAGCUGCGCUGAUUCCGAUCCGCCCCAUCCGAGUCCGCCUGCUCCCCUCCAGCCUCCCGAACGUGAUGAUGCAGAACGGCUCAUGCCUAGACAUGAUACGAGAUUUGAGUCGAGUGUGGACGAAAGAUUCGUGCCCAGUGUUGAAGAGCUGUUUUCUUCUAGAGUGGACGACGAAUUCUCCCCCAGAGUUGUCGAGGAGAAUUACAGCUCCAGGGUAGAUGAUGGUUUCAUGCCCAGGGCGACCGAUGAAAGAUUUUCGGUCAACAUGGACAAUUCGUUUCCUUCCCGAGUGGAAGAGAGACAUUCGCUAAGUGUGGAGGGAAGAUUUGAGCCACUGCAGCUGGAUAAAGUCAAGUCUAGGGAGGAAGAUGCUUAUGAGCCCCACCAGGAGGGCAGGUUUGAUCUCCGCAUGGAGAACAGGUAUGCUUAUGAUGACGACGAAACCAGAUCAGAAUUUGACGAUGAGCCUGCUGAACAGUUCGAGGGAUCCGAACGUGAGGAGGAACACGCUGGAUCUGAGGCUGAUGACGAAGGAGAAGCUGAGCCUGAAGGUGAAAUCAAAUACGAUAGCGAAGAUGAUUCUGUUCAAUAUUCACAUGUACACAACCAACUUGAGCCAGAAUUGCGUCCCGAGGCUUCCCAAAGUUUCAAUCGCACGGUAGGAUCUCCCCCGUGUUCUCCAGUUGUUCCUGCGGCUGGAGAAGGCUUAAGUGUUCCUCCCCCGGUUUCUCCUUCUCAGAGGCAGACGCAUGGCAGCAACACAUUUCUUUCCCGUAGUGUCGAAGCUCCUCCAGGUCUUUCGUCGAGACGACGACCUCCGACUUUACCCACGGUCAUUUUGCAUAAAAUCUCACAAACUCAGCCUAUUCCAACCCAUGCUGGUAAAAAUUUGGUUCAGGAAUUUAAUCCGAAGAUUUCAAGCAACGUGGAGCGGGAGAGUAGUGAAUGCGAGACAGAUCAUCCUUCUGGUCUGUCUCCACCCACCCCACCAGAAUAUGCAAGGCGGCCAAUGUCUAGCCCAUCUUCUCGAAGCUAUGCAGAAUUUGUGAAACGGACGCCCAAAUUCUCCCCGACAAGGCCAGUAGAACCUCCUAGACCGCCGUUUGUGAGCUCAACCCCUACUUUUAAGGUACAUUCACCUUCCAAGAUUGUUAGACCUGACAUCCUUUCUCAAAUAGGAACGUCGCCUAAGGGGGCGUCCAGUUUUAAAGCAGAGAAGGUUGAAACAGAAGCUAUGAAGCCGUCGGGAAGAAGUAAUUCUUCACCUGUGAGUUCACUAAGAGCUAGCUUUCCCUCAUUGAUAAAACAACAGUCAAUGCCAGCACGGAGACCAAGAGAGGUGAGAGUUGUAGACGACGACAGCAUCGAUACAGAUCCAGAGAAGCAGGAUGAUGAUGUAGAUCAGCGGACUGAAGCAUUCUUAAAGAAAUUUCGGGAGGAGAUGAGAUUACAGAGGCAGGAGUCAUUGCACCGCCACAGGAGAGGAGAAAGCCCGUAGCUUCGCGAAUCUGGUUAGUCUUCAUUCAAUUCCUAUUUUAUCCACUCGCCUACAAAUUUUGUACCCAUGAUGGCAUAUAUCGCAUGGAGGUAUGUACAAGAAACAACUAGAGUCUGGCCUGCUUCACUGUUCCAACCGUGGCAGUGACUGCAGGUCAUGGUUUUAGAAUUGCUCCGUAAGAGUACCGCUGUCAGCUGGCAGAUAAGCUGGGAUAGGACAGGAUUGCAUUGGCUGCACGUGGGUCAAGGUUUUAUAUUUUCCUUCGAUUUCGUUGCUACGUCAGGUUUCCCCUGGAUGAAGUCAGUUGAUAUCGGCUCAUUUACCCAUUAAACUAGAGUUACCACUUGCAGUAUCUGCAUGAGCUUGUAUAGGUUGUGUGACUCCACUGUAUCAUACUUAAUAAAGCGACGGGCGAGGGAAAUCUCCAUCCGUUUUGCAGCCA